GAUACCUCGUGCAGAGCAGACGGGGUUUUAGUUAACAUUACGCGAAUUUAUUUCGUUUUAUAAUAAUUAGAUACUAUAUAGUUAUUCUAAUAAAAAUCUUAAGUUACAAUAAUAUCUUUUUAACUAAUUUAAAUUAAACACGAACAAUUAUAUAAUGUUUUUUAAAUAAAAUAUGAAGUGAUCUGCUAUAGACAAUUUAACUUAAAUAUUUUCAAUAAAAAUCUACGCCAAACGUUAGUUAAAUUACCAAAAAUGUCUCACGAUAACGACCACAGUUCCUCAGAGAGGAGCUUAGAAAGACUCAACGAAGUCAGAGCUUUCAUUGAAGCCAGUAAACGUAGUGCAGAGAAGUUAGAUGAGAUGCAGGCAGAUGCUGAAAAGAGCCUGGGGAAGCUCAACGAAGUUGUAUUUGAAGAUGCCUUCGAGAUAACCGGUCACGGAAAGUUCAACCAUCUGGUACUGUUGACCUGCGGGAUGAUAAUGUUGAACGUGUCUAUGGAGUCUGUGGGGAUGAGUUACGUAAUAACAGCCGCCGAGUGCGAGCUGGGGCUGACCAGCGAACACAAGGGGCUGGUGAACGCUGCUGCUUUUAUAGGUAUAAUAAGUACGUCUUUUUUGUGGGGUUAUCUCGGAGACAGAUGUGGUCGACGAGCUGUGAUGUUACCAGCCAUGGUGGCUUCGUCUGCGUUCUCCAUAGCAUCGUCCUUCUCUACCAACGUCUGGAUGCUGCUGGUGUUGAGAUUCUUCACUGGCUGUCUGGUAUCAGCCUCGAGUGCAACAGUGUACGCGUAUCUGGGUGAGAUGCACACAAGCUCACGACGCGCAGCAGCCAUCGCGUGGGGAUCCGCUUUCAUCUCUUUCUCGUUCAUGAUAUUACCAGGCUUAGCAUGGCUGAUAAUACCCGGAAAGUGGUCGUUUUUGUUAUUCGGCUUUAAUAUGGUACCUUGGCGCGUUUUCAUCUGGUCGUGGUGCGCUCCGGGGCUGGUGGCAGCAGUAGCCUUAUUAUGGCUACCAGAGAGUCCGAGAUAUCUCCUCGCUUCGUCUGGACCGGAAAAAGCAUUACCAAUUCUUGCGAAAAUGUACGCAUACAACAAAAACAGCCGAGAAGCUAACUAUCCGGUUGAAAGGAUUGUAACAGGCAGUCUCGACACUUCGAAGUCCGGAGGCUUCGUGGGCGCCAUAAAGAACUUUUCCCUACUCUUCCGCCCCCCUCUACUACGAUGUGUAUUUAUUUCGCAUACUUUGAUGUUUGCUAUAUUUAUGCUGUCCAGUGGUCUUUACGUUUGGGUGCCGGAUAUCCUGAACAGUAUGCUCCGCAGCACGAGCGGCGACAGUAUCACCAUAUGUCAAAUCAUACACGAUAAGUUUGAGUCUGCUAGGAAUUUAACGUUGUCCGGACCACAAGGCCCGUGUCAAUCCGAGGUAGCGGUGCGCGUGUUCCCGAUAUCGAUGGGGAUGGGGGCGGUGUUUGCUGUCACGUACCUAGCCAUCGGGGUCUUCAUUGGCAGGAUUGGGAGGAAGACAUUGUACUCAAGCAUAAUGGUGGUCUGUGGACUCGCCACGGUGGGGGCGGCAUUUGUCCCUCAAGGUGGAGCGGCAACAGCUCUCCUGAUCCUUGCUUUAUGCUCCGGAUGUGCUGCUUCCAUUUUGGCUGCUAUUGCUGUUGACGUCUUCCCUACUUGUUUGAGAGCAAUGGCCAUGUGCGUGAUGUAUAUGGUUGGCCGGACCGGCGCGGCGGUUGGAUCAAACUUGUUGGGCGCUACAUUGGAUAUGCAUUGCCAACUAGCUUUCUCUGUGUUCGGAAUCUUUUCCGCAGGAUCUACGCUUCUAAUAAUAUUUUGGCCGAAACCAGAGAGAAUAAGGGAAGAAAUGGAGCAAAGAGGGUUGUCAUACUGAUACGAGUUGAGAUUUAGUGAUCUCAGAACUAUCCUUACACGCUGGAAUCCCAAACCAUUUACGUCUACAUGAGACUGAUUAUUAUUACAUAAA